AUGUCUUCGAAAGCUGCCCCCGCCGUCACUUCCCCGCUUCACCCGCCUGUCGGGACGCUCAUUGAUGGAGGCUCUCUAGAACUCGUCGAAGUGCUGGGCGUCGGAGGCUAUGGCGUUGUCUAUCGUGCAGUCGACACCACUCGCCAACCCGGAGGCCAAAAAUCAUACGCCGUCAAAUGUCUCGUAGCCUCAGGGCACCAAACUCCGCGUCAAAGGCAGAUCCAUAUCCGAGAAAUUGCGCUGCACCAGCUCGCUUCUGCGCAUCCCGGCGUAGUCACUCUUCACCGAGUAGUCGAACAGGGCACCCAUACAUACAUCAUCAUGGAUUAUGCGACGGACCACGAUCUGUUCACCCAGAUUCUACACAAAUGUCGCUAUCUUGGGGACGACGCUCUGAUCAAGGAAGUCUUUCUCCAGCUGCUCGACGCAGUUGAAUAUUGCCACAAUCUCGGUAUCUAUCACCGAGACUUGAAGCCAGAGAACAUCCUCUGCUUUGACGAUGGCCUUCGCAUCGCCAUCACCGACUUCGGUCUUGCUACCACUGACAAGCUCAGUGACGAAUUUCGCACUGGAAGCGUUUAUCAUAUGAGUCCAGAAUGCCAAGGCGGAGAGUUUGCACCGACAGGCAACUAUUCCCCCAUGUUCAACGACAUCUGGUCUCUCGGGAUCAUCCUGCUCAACCUUGCGACAGGUCGUAACCCUUGGAAGUCCGCGACUCCCAGCGAUCCCACCUUCCAAGCCUACUUGCGCGAUCCCAUGGGCUUCCUGCCGACUGUCCUCCCCAUUUCCCCUGAAGUCAACGAGAUCCUCGUCAGGAUGCUCGACGUUGACUGGCGCGAGCGCAGCACCCUGCGUGAGGUGCGCUACGCCAUUGAGGAAAUCAAUAACUUCUACUCAGACGGUGUCGUCUUCGAGGGAAGUAUGGCCCGCUGCCCAUGGGAAUCCGGUAUGGAUAUCGACAGCGCGUCUUCGGGUACCAACCCCGAGGACAUUGGCCCCCAAUCGCCUACUGCCCAGGCCUUCCCCGAGGAGGUCGACCCGCAACUAGGCUCGCACUGGAGCAAGGACUCCACUUCCGAUAUUGUAUUCGCCACUCAAUCUUUGGCGCAGGAAUCAUCUUAUGGUAUUCCAUGGACUAAUUAUUCAUCCUGCGGAGCGACUUGGGCCUACGAAUCCCCAGUCUCCUCCGACUCUGAGCCUGAUCACUUCCGCAUGGACGUUUUCGAGCGCUCUUCGACACCAUCCUCUGUCCAGACGGCAGAAACCUCCCUCCCGCCUACCCCCAAUCACCACGACACCUCCUUUGGCCAGAAGGCCACCAAGCCCGAGCUGCGCUCUACGUUGUUGAUCAACACUAACAUCCCAAGACCGCGUAUUUAUGACGCCAGUGCUAGCAUGACGUCCUACUCGACGGGCACCUCUAUUAUGCAGACUGCCAUCGAAUAUGAUCCAUACUCAUCCAUGUUCUUUAUCAACAGCCCUAUUUCUCCCGGUAAGGUGCUAGUCAUGCCCGACUCAGCAAUUACCGCCGUGGGCGAAGACAAAGACAUGACCUCUCCUACUGUGUGGUCCGCCUCCUCUGCCACUCAGACAUCCUCUCUCUCGAGCUACUCCUCUUCCUCAACCUCAAGUUCUGUCGCCGAUGAGGACCUACGUUUUGCGCGCUCAAGAACACCUUCUCCGGAACCUGACGUCCAUUGGACAUCGUUCCCUGCUCAGGUACAGUCUCUUCAAGCUCAACAAUGUCAGCUCUCUCCAUCCGUGUCAACCCAAAUAACCGACGUUCUUCCUCAUUCUUCAAGGCCCAACCACUCGUUCCUUUUCGCUUUCAACAAACAUCCGCACGCGCACCCCACCGCCAGCGCCGCAGCUACCGUCAACACCACCUUCGCCAGUGGUACCCCCACUUCCUCUGCUAGCGGCCACAAGUCCAGCACCUUCAGCCGCCUCGCGAUCAAGCUCUUCCCUCGGUCGCCAUCACCGUCGACUCCAUCAAGCACAUCGGACUCGACGGUUUCACGUGGACGCGCUGCAACUGAAGCAUCUCAUUCACCCUUUGCGCGCCGCCAAACGCCUUCUCCGACACCUCACGCGGCUGCCUGGGGCCACUCUGCGGUGGCAGCGGGAAACAAGGCGGGAUCUGCUUUUCAGCAAGAACAUGAUGGCCGACAUACCGCUGACAAAGAGGUUCAGCAUGGCGGUGGCUCUUCCCCACAGCACCACCACCUUCGCUCGACCCGCCAUUGGUACCUUCCUGGCCGGUUCCGGACAUCUGCUGAGGUGAACUAA